AUUUAAAACCAUGUUGUCCUUCGUCUAUUCCGUCUCUUCGUCUAUUCAGGCCGCUUCUUUCUUCUCCUUCGCCUCCUCCCCCUUCUCCUCCGUUCCGAUGUUGUCCUUGCGCCAAAUGUGUACCGCCUUUCCACUCCUCCUCCUCCUCCUCCUAGCAAACCUUUUCUCGGGGCUAGCUGCUCCCGUCACCGGUGCAACGACCGACCGCGCCGCUCUCGUCUCCGUCCGCGAUCGUUUGGACCCUUUCAAUGUCUUGUCCUCGUGGGGCGGCGACGACGACUACUGCCAGUGGCGAGGGGUAUCAUGCGACGGUCCCGGCAGGGUGACCGUCCUCGACCUAUCCGAGCUUGGCCUCUCAGGCUCCAUAUCUCCUGAAAUCGGCAACCUGACCAACCUUCAGUUCCUCAACCUCUCCCACAACCACCUGCAAGGCAAACUCCCGCCGGAGUUCAGUAAUCUGGUCUACCUCGAGUCGCUCCUUCUAGGUUCGAACAGGCUGACUGGGGAAAUCCCGGCGAAGAUGGGUGCACUCCACAAGCUCGUGAUCCUUAGUCUCCAUGACAACAAUCUCGCCGGGAGAAUCCCUCCUUCCCUGGGCGAUCUCUCGUCGCUCACGCACUUGGAUCUUGGUGAAAAUCGACUGACGGGCACCCUGCCCUCCAGCCUAGCAAGUCUCCCUGCCCUUCAGCACUUGUCCGUGACACGCAACAACCUUACAGGUGCAAUCCCGACCUCCAUCUUCCACCUCUCGACCCUCACUCACUUGUACCUGGGGCAUAACCAAUUCUCGGGUUCAUUCCCUUCCGAUAUGGGCGACACGCUUGUCCAUCUCCAAGUCCUUCAAGCAAACAACAACAAUUUUGAGGGUCAUCUUCCCGCCUCGCUUCCGCAUGCUGGCAUGCUUAGAGAGAUCGUUUUGGCACACAACAGAUUUAGUGGACCUGUGCCUGGGGAUAUAGGCAACCUAGUGCAUCUGCAAUCCCUGAGCGUACGAGAUAACAGCUUGGAAGCCAAGACAAAGGAGGACUGGGAGUUCUUCGCUUCCUUAGCCAACUGCAAACACCUUCACACCUUGGACCUGUCACACAACAAGCUGGAGGGGGAACUGCCGAUCCCCAUAACCGAUCUAUCGCCACAACUGGCAUUUAUUGGUUUGGGAGGAAACAAUAUAACGAAUGAACCUACUUCCGCAGAUCUAGCGAGCCUCCGCCCUACUCUUCAGGUGGAUAAGACGGCCGCCACAGCUGUGUGUCCCGACUGCCGAGAUGGAAGCAUAGACGAUUAAUUCGAAUGGCCAAAGUGAGACACCAACAGGCACAUGCAGUCUGCUGUUCCACAUGUGUUUCUGAUAUCUCCCAAUUUAUUGUUCACAAUGCUCUUUUGUACUCUAAUGUUUGUGGGAUAAUAUGAAACAUUGCCAGAAAUGAUAAAGGGAUUAUUUAGACUUUUGUCAGAAAUGGUAAAAGGUAUGUGCUUGGAGCCCGCGAUGCUCUAGAUUAUGUUUAGUGGUCAUUCAAAAAUGGAUGGACCAUAUUAUGUUAUGGUCUCACUUCACCAUCUAUAUGUUUAACGUGAUGUUUAGAGAUUUUGUUAUGUGCUUCUAUAUGUGCUAUAGAUAAGAAUGAAAUGUGUGCAACGUCAUAUGCGACGGUUGAGCUUAUGUUUCUUUUUUUUGUUUAUAUAUUUACUGAAAUGUUUCUUAUGCUUCUGAAACAUUUCAUAUGCCAUUGAUAUACUCCGAAAUGCUUCAUAUGCCAUUGAUAUACUCCGAAAUGCUUUCUAUAUCAUUUGAUAUACUCCGAAAUAUUUUAUUUGUUAUUGAUAUGCUAUGAAAUAUUUCAGACAUCAUUGAUAUAUUCUGAAAUAUUUUAUCCGCCAUUGAUAUGUUUCGAAAUGUUUCAUCUGCAAUUGAUAUACUUUGAAAUGUUUCAUAUGUCAUUGAUAUGUUCCGAAAUAUUUUAUAUGCCCUUGAUAUGCUUCGAAAUGCUUUAUAUGCAAUUGAUAUGCUCCGUAACAUUUCGUACGCCAUUUAUAUGCCUCAAAAUUUUCCUUACGUCAAUGAUUUGCUCCAACUAAUUUUUACUCAAUUGUUAUGAAUAAAACAUACUUCGAACGAAAUGACAUCGUAAUUCUGCAUUCGAUAAGUGGCUAUCUAUGAACUAUUAUAUCCCUGCCUUGUAUUUGAUACCUUAUUUGUUUAAAAUUAUUCUCUUUCGUCAUUGAUAUAUUAGUUGCUUACUGAACUCUAUAUGCUCAUCUCAUUGCUAUAUAAAAUUUUCAGAAUAACUUGUCGCUUAUUAAAAUAUUUAAAUUGGGCUAAGGCUAUGGAAAGUUAGAAGACUUUGGGCAAACCUUUAGUAGUAGAUAUGUUUUUGUUGUAUAAGUACACUUAUUAUCUAAUGAAAUUUUGAUGGAUAAUAUGAACUUAUAGGUUUUGGAAAAGUUUAAAGGACCUCUCAUUUUAGAAUUUUAGAGUGUUAAGUUAAUUUUGUAAUGAUAUGAACAUGUGGUAAUAUUAGUUUUUGUGAUUGUAUAGAAUCUCAUACUUGUGGAUUUAUGAGGUGGUUCUUAUCUUAGUGAGUCGGUUUCAGAUUUUAUAAUUCAUCGAGUGAUGUGGUUUAUAAAUUUAAACUGCGCAGGGUUUAUGAAUUAUGAAAUUAUGGUUGUGAAUGAUUUAAAUGUUUUCUCAAUAUCCUCAAAUGUGUGAUUGGAUCCUAGAAUGGAUUAUUUUUGUGGCAUGAUAGAGUAGUAUCAGAGCAUGGUUUGAGGAUCUCUAAGAUAUUUGAUAUGUUUGAUGUGCAAAAUAUAUUGAGGUAUAGUGAACUAUAGUGAUUGAUGAAAAUUUUCUUUGAUGUAUUUUAAGAAUCUAUGAUGAUGAGGACCUUUGGUCUUCCGACUUCAUAUACUUUUGAUUAAUUAAGUGAGAUGAAAAGGUUGAUCGAGGAUAUCAAAUCAGAGUGGCACAACAAAAGCGUAGUGAGCCUGAUACAAUACUAGUAGAACAAUGGAAGUUAUUAGAAGAAAAUUUUAAUUUGAAUGUUAUUUGGAAAGAGCAAGACUCAAUGACAUUGAUAGCCUCUAUCCAGGUGCAAUCUUGAUCUUAUCUUUUCAUCGAAGGAGGUAUGACAAAUAUAGAGAACUAAAAUUUUCUUUCAAGGAGGGGAGAGUGUAACACUCCUCAUUUUUAAAAAUUUUGUAAUAUCUUAUUUGUAAUACAAGGACCUAAAUAAAAUAUUAAAAAUUAGAUAUGAUUUGUAAAAGAUUCAAAUUAAAUUUUAACAAAAAAAUAUUGUAAGUCACAUGUCACUAGCUAACUUAAGAAGGGUGCCACCUAUGUUUGUUCUAAGAAUGACACAUAGACUUCUUUCAUGUAUGCUUGCCACCUUGAAAUCCUUAUAUUAGUAAAAUUAAAUACUUUAAAUGAGAAACUAAAUAUAAACUUAAGAUGCUGCUGCGUAAGUUUGAGAAGAGAAGGAAGAUGAAUUGAAGUAGAUGAAGAAAAAGCUUUGCCUUGGCUUGAGAUUUUACAUCAAUUCCACAACUUUGGGACUCAAAUUUGUUUAAGACAAGUAUUCUACCCCUUCUUACAGAACUCUUGAUCUCUUUCAUCUUAAUCCUGAAAAUUUUGAAAGAUUUUAGCUUUAUACAUGAUAUUUCUUUCGUUUGGGAAUAAAAUUGUGAAUCUAAAUUUUUUUGAAGAUUUGACCUUUCUGUAUUGUUUUACCCAUAACUUUCUGCACCGAUUUUGGAUUUAGGCAAAGUUAAAUUUAUCUGAAAAUAGACUUAUACUUCUUUCUUUUAACAAUAGAAUGGUAAAUUUGGAGUCUAUUUGCCUAUCUAAACUGUUAUUUCAAUUAACCCUAUGAAAUCUAUAAGAUAAAGACUAUUGGUUUUGACCUUUCAAUACUCUGUUGAUUAUAACUCUCCAUUUAAAACUCUGAUAUAUACAAAAUAUGAUUUAUCAGAAACUAAACUAGAGAUCUUUCUAGGCAUAUCCGAUUUGAAUGAUUUGGUAAAUGCCUAUUGAAACAUCUGUUCAAAUCAACUAUAUAAAUUAUAUAAAAUAGAGAAAAUAUUCUUUGACCUUUAGUUAUUAAACUGUUGAUAACUAAAUAUUAGAAUCUCCAAUUCUUACAAAACUUGAUUUAUCUAAAUUUAGAUUGAUAAAAAUUUUGAAUGACAUCUAGUUUGUAUAAAUUGGAGCAUAAUUGAUUAUCUAAAUAAUUCAUGAAAUGUGCCUCUCAAAUUCUAUCAGAAUUGAGCUUUGAUCGAUUCCGCCUAUUCUUGUUUCAUUUAUUUGGAAAUUGAUUUUAGCCAACAUACUUACAUCAUUUGAGCUUUACAUUAUUGUUUUGGAUCCCUGUAUACUCUUGUCCUUCAAUUAUUUUUACACUUGAAUCUAUUAUGUAAAGUUAAUGUUUGUAUCGUAAUGUUUCAUAUAGGCACAUGCAGUCCAUUUUUCCGCAUGUGUUUUCGAUAUAUCCUAAUUUAUUAUUCACAAUGCCCUUUUGUACUAUAGUGUUUGUGGGAUAAUAUGAAAUAUUUCCAGAAAUAGUAAAGGGAUUAUUUGGACUUUUGCUAGAAAUGGUAAAGAUUUUGUGCUUAGAGCCCACGAUCCUCUAGAUUAUGUUUGGUGGUCAUUCAAAAAUGGAUGGACCAUAUUAUGUUAAGAUCUCGUAUCACCAUCUAUAUGUUUGACAUGAUGUCCAGAGAUUUGGUUAUGUGCUUCUAUAUGUGCUCUGGAUAAGAAUGAAAUGUGCCAUUGAUAUAUUCGGAAAUAUUUCAUCCGCCAUUGAUAUGCUUGAAAAUAUUUCAUUCCCCAUUAAUAUACUACAAAAUGUUUCAUAUACUAUUGAUAUAUUCUGAAACAUUUUAUACGCCUUUGAUAUGCUUUGAAAUGCUUCAUAUGCAAUUGAUAUGUUCCGAAACAUUUCAUACGCCAUUUAUAUGUCUCAAAAUGCUCCUUAUAUCAAUGAUUUGCUUCAACUAAUCUUUACUCAAUUGUUAUGAACAAAACAUGCUUCGAACGAAAUGACAUCGUAAUUCUGUAUUCGAUAAGUGGCUAUCUAUGAACUGUUGUAUCCUUGCCUUGUAUUUGGUACCUUAUUUGUUUAAAACUGUCAUCUUUCGUCAUGAAUAUGUUAGUCGCUUGCUGAGCUCUAUAUGCUUACCCAGUUGCUAUAUAAAUUUUUCAGAAUAACCUGUCGCUCACUAAAAUGUUUAAAUUUGGCUGAGGCUAUGGAAAGUUAGAAGACUUUAGCCAAAACUUUAAUGGAUGAUAUGUUUUUAUUGUAUAAGUGUACUUAGUGUCUAAUGGAAUGUUCAUAGUAAAUAUUAACUUAUGAGUUUUAAAAGUUUAAAGGACUUCUCAUAUCAGGAUUUUGGAGUGUUAAGUUAAUUUUGUAAUUAUAUGAACAUGUGAUAAAUAUUAGUUUUUGUGAUUGUAUAGAAUCUCAUACUUGUAGAUUUAUGAGAUGGUUCUUGCCUUGGUGAGUUGGUUUCAGAUUUUAUAAUUCAUCGAAUGAUGUGGUAUAUGAAUUUAAAUUGCACAGGUUUUAUAAAUUAUGGAGUUAUGGUUGUGAAUGACUUUAAUGUUUUCUUAGUAUCCUCAAAUGUGUUAUUGGAUCUAGGAAUGAAUUAUUAUUGUGGCAUGUCAAAGUGAUAUCAGAGCAUGGUUUGAGUAUCUCUGAGAUAUUUGAUAUAUUUGAUUUGUAAAAUAUAUUGAGGUAUAGUGAACUAUAGUGAUCGAUGGAGAUUUUCUUUGAUGCAUUUUAGGAAUCUAUGAUGAUGAAGACCUUUGGUCCUCCUACUUCAUAUACUUUUGAUUAAUUAAGUGAGAUGAAAAGGUUGAUCAGGGAUAUCAAAUCAGAGUGGCGUAGCGGAAAUGUAGUGAGCCUGAUCCAAUGCUAGCAGAAUAAUGGAAGUUAUUAGAAGAAAAUUUUAAUUUGAAUGUUAUUUAGAAAGAGCAAGACUCAAUGACAUUGAUAGCCUCUAUCCAGGUGCAAUCUUGAUCUCAUCUUUUCGUCGAAGGAGGUAUGACAAAUUUAGAGGACUAAAAUUUUCUUUCAAGGAGAGGAGAAUGUAACACCCCUCAUUUUUUAAAAUUUUGUAAGGUCUUAUUUGUAUUAUAGGGAUCUAAAUAUAGAUAUUAAAAAUUAGAUAUGAUUUGUAAAAGAUUCAUAUUAAAUUUUAAUAAAAAAAGUGUAGGACAUAUGUCACUAGCUAACCUAAGAAAUGUGCCACCUAUGUUUAUUCUAAGAAUGACAUAUAGGCUUUUUCAUGCAUGCUUGUCACCUUAAAAUCCUUAUAUUAGCCAAAUCAAAUAUUUUAAAGGAGAAACUAAAUGUAAACUUAAGAUGCUAAGUUUGAGAAGAGAAGGAAGAUGAAUUUAAGUAGAGGAAGAAAAAUCUUUGCCUUGGCUUGAGAUUUUGCAUUAAUUCCACACCUUUAGGACUCAAAUUUGUUUAAAACAAGUAUUCUAACCCCUUUCUACAGAACUCUUGAUCUCAGAUUUCAUCUUAAUCCUAAAAAUUUUAGAAGAUUUUGGCUUCAUACAUGAUAUUUCUUUCGUUUGGGAACAAAACUGUGAAUCUAAAUUUUUUUGAAGAUUUGACCUUUUUAUAUUAUUCUACCCAUAAAUUUUUGCAUCGAUUUUGGAUUUAGGCAAAACUAAAUUUAUCCAAAAAUAGGGUCAUACUUCUUUCUUUUGACACCUAGAAUUAUAAAUUUGGAGUCUAUUUGCCUAUCCAAACUAUUAUUUCAAUUGACUCUAUAAAAUCUAUAAGACAAAGACUAUCGCUUUUGACCUUUCAGUACUCUUGUACUUAUAACUCUCUAUUUAAAACUCUGAUCUAUACAAAAUAUGAUUUAUCAUAAAAUAGAUUCAUAGGUCUUUCUUUUUGUGGAUAUUUGAUUUGAAUGAUUUAAAGUAUAAAUACCUAUUAAAUUAUCUAUUUAAAGUAACUCUAUGAAUUCUACAAAAUAGAGAUAAUGUUCUCUGACCUUUGGUUACUAAACUGUUGAUAACUCAAUGUUGGAAUUUCAAUUCAUACAAAACUAGAUUUAUCUAAAUGUAGAUUAAUACAACUUUCGAAUGACAUCUAAUUUGUAUAAAUUGGAGCAUAAUUGGUUAUUUAAAUAAUUCAUGCAAUGUGCCUCUCAAAUUCUAUCAAAAUCGAUCUAUUCUUAUUUCAUCUCUUUGGAAAUUAAUUUCAGCCAAUAUCUUAUGUAAAGUUAAUGUUUGUAUCAUAAUGUUUUGUAUAGGCACAUGCAGUCCGUUAUUCCGCAUGUGUUUCCGAUAUGUCCCAAUUUAUUAUUCACAAUACCCUUUUGUACUCUAGUAUUUGUGGGAUAAUAUGAAAUGUUGCCAGAAAUAGUAAAGGGUAUGUGCUUAGAGCCCACGAUCCUCUAGAUUAUGUUUGGUGGUUAUUCAGAAAUGGAUGGACCAUAUUAUGUUAUGAUCCUACUUCACCAUCUAUUUGUUUGACAUGAUGUCCAGAGAUUUCGUUAUGUGCUUCUAUAUGUGCUCUGGAUAAGAAUGAAAUAUGAGAAACAUCAUAUGUGGCGUUUGAGCUUCUGUUUCGUAUUUGUUCUUUGAUAUAUACCGAAAUAUUUUAUUAUGCAUCUGAAACUUUUCAUACACUAUUUAUAUGCUCUGAAAUGCUUCCCAUGCCAUUGAUAUACUCCGAAAUGCUUCCUAUGCUAUUGAUAUACUCUGAAAUGUUUCGUUUGUUAUUGAUAUGCUCCGAAACAUUUCAUAAGUCAUUGAUAUGUUCCAAAAUAUUUCAUCCACCAUUGAUAUGCUUCGAAAUGUUUCAUCUGCCAUUGAUAUACUCCGAAAUAUUUCAUAUGUCAUUGAUAUAUUCUGAAACAUUUAUACGCCCUUGAUAUGCUCCAAAAUGCUUCAUAUGCAAUUGAUAUGUUCUAUAACAUUUCAAACGCUAUGCCUCGAAAUACUCCUUACGUCAGUGAGUUGCUCCAAUUAAUCUCUACUCAAUUAUUAUGAACAAAACAUACUUCGAACGAAAUGAUAUAGUAAUUCUGCAUUCGAUAAGUGGCUAUCUAUGAACUAUUGUAUCCCUACCUUGUAUUUGGUACCUUAUUUGUUUGAAACUGUCCUCUUUCAUCAUAGAUAUGUUAGUCACUUGCUAAGCUCUAUAUCCUCACCCCGUUGCCAUAUAAAUU